AUGGAAAUUGAAAGUUCGCCUCAAAAUGGAGAAUUAAUUAAUGAUAGACAAUUUUCAAAUGCAACAGAACCAGAAGUGGAUUUAGAUGUCACUCCUGCUGAGACUGGGAAUGUUUCUAAUUCCACUGAUAAUUUACAACCAGCCCUGUAUACGCAGACGAACAGAGCGUAUAGUAGCAAAGGAAGAGGCGGCUUUAACGGUCCAUUCCCAGUCGAGAGGGUGAUGAAAAAGAGGGUUCGGGAGGGCAGAGUGGAGUAUCUUCUGAAGUGGACUGGGUUGCCAGAGAGUGAGUGCACGUGGGAACCCCAUGAUUCGAUUCAUAGUGAAUCGUUGAUCGAACAAUUGGAAAAGGAGCUGAAGAAAAAGCAGGAGGCUAAAAGAGCAUUUGGAUUUGAGAGGUGUUUGGAGCCAGAAGAGAUAAUCGGUGGCACUGAAAGUGGAGGCAGAGCAAAGUUCCUAAUGAAGUGGAAGGGCGUGAAUCAACUAGAAAUGGUGCCCUGCGAGGAGGCCAUAGACUACUGUCCAGACCUUGUGCUCAACUUCUUUCAAAAGAGAGUGUCCGGAUCAUUCAACUAG